CAUCCAGAGGAUCGAGUGCAAGUGAGAUUCUCACAUCAAGCUGGUUUUCAGGACCUGAGUUCUUACAGAAAAGGGAGAUACCUCCAGCUACAGAUGUUUGCACAGAAAUACAGAUUGGAGAUCCCGAAGUCAAGAGGAUGCAAAGUCUAAAAACACAGACACAGGAACAGUUAAGUCUCUCAGACCGCUUGUCAAAGUUCUCUUCAUGGUCGAAGGCAAUCCAGGCUGUAGCUCGUCUCAUUCGUCGUGUUAGGAAGGACAAGUCGACAGACCACAGCACUGUACAAGAACGAAAAGAUGCACAAUGCGUCAUCAUAAGAGACUUGCAGAGACAAAUGUAUCCUGAAGAGAUAAAGUUGCUCAGUAAGGUAGCUCAACUUCCUUCUCAGAGUAAACUGUUUCAGAUGGAUGCCUUUCUCGAUCAGGAUGGACUUCUUAAGGUGGGAGGAAGACUGAAAAAUGCAUCACUCCCUACCUCACUGAAGCAUCCAGUCAUUAUGCCGAAAAAUCAUCACAUCACUAAGGCAAUAAUUGCUCAUUGUCAUGAGAAAGUGCAGCAUCAGGGAAAAGGUUUAACUAUUAAUGAAAUUAGAUCAAAUGGAUUCUGGAUUCCAGGAAUCAACAGAGCCGUGGCAACGCAUUUACAUCAAUGUGUUACAUGUCGGAAACUCAGAAGGUUCACUGAGGAACAACGUAUGGCGGAUUUGCCAUCUGAGCGUGUGGAUCCAUCGCCACCUUUCACCUAUUGUGGGAUGGACUGUUUUGGUCCGUUUGACACCAAACAAGGACGCAAGGUACACAAGAGAUACGGCUUGCUUUUCACCUGUCUUUGCUGUCGAGCUAUCCACAUUGAAAUGUUGGACGACAUGUCGACGGACGCUUUCAUAAACGGACUCCGUUGUUUCAUUGCCAUAAGAGGAGCAGUACGCGACAUAAAGUGCGACCAAGGAACGAACUUCGUUGGAGCAAGAAAUGAACUGAAUGAAGCUCUCAAGCAAGUGGAUGUUAACCGCCUAACUACGUUUUUGGCUGAGAAACAAUGUGACUUUAGUAUGAACGCUCCUCAUGCAAGCCAUGCUGGAGGUGUAUGGGAGAGACAGAUCAGAACAGUUAGGAAUAUUCUUCGUUUCACUCUCUCAUCUUCUUCAGGCAGGCUGGACGAUGCCUCUUUACGGACAUUCUUUUAUGAGGCAGCAGCUAUUGUAAACAGUCGUCCACUCACAGUUGACAGCUUAAAUGAUCCAGACAGUCCAGAGCCACUAACACCUAAUCACCUGCUCACCAUGAAACCCACUGCCGCCUUACCACCUCCUGGCAAAUUUAUCAGAGAGGAUCUGUAUGCUCGCAAGAGGUGGCGUCGUGUACAGUAUUUGGCCGAGCAGUUCUGGGGUCGGUGGAGAAGAGAGUAUGUCUACAAUAUUGCCACAAGACAACGCUGGCAUAAUCCAAGGAGAAACCUCAAGGUUGGCGACAUUGUGAUGGAAAGGACGGAGGAUUUGCCUCGCAACGAGUGGAAAUUGUCUAAAGUUGUAGAGACAGUAACUGAUAAAGAUGGACUAGUGAGGAGAGUAAGGAUUCGUGUUGGAGAUCAGAAGAUGGAAAAGGAUGGACUUCGUUCAGGCAAGCCAUCCAUUGUUGAACGUCCAGUACAGAAGCUGGUCCUACUUCUAGAGAAUGAUUAAUCUUUACCUUCAUUCCUCAGCCUUGUUCUUAGCAGUAUGAAGAUGUUUAAGGGACAUUUUUGACCCAAGUAUUUAAGAUUAAGGGUUACACGGUUCAGAAAUCAUUCAUGUUUUACAUCCCAUAAUUGAUGAAAACCAGUAAUGAUUUGGUGGGAGUGUAGAUUACCUUUAAUGUAAUCUAAUUUGUUGUUCUUUUUCCUGUGUAAUUUGUGUUGUAAAAUAACGAGGCUAGAUUAAGAUUUCGUUAUGGUUGAACGAAGCGUUUUAUUUUGAAGGGCUUUCGUGAGAUCUCAGGACUUCCGGGUUAUCGGAGUACUUCCGGUUUUUCGGAGUUGUAGAGAAAGUUAAAAGGAAACGGUCUACAUAUUAAAGUAUUAAACGUUUAUUUAAAGAUAUUAGCUCCUGGCUAAAAGGGCACAAGCUCUUACGGUGAGUUCAUGUAAUACCUACAUUGACCGUUGGAAUAAAGGGAUAUGAACCAUCAGUAAAAGAGUCCGACCAUCUAUUAGCCGGGGACG